AUGAGUAAAUAUACGUUGAAAGACGUAUUGAUUAAAAAAUCAGGAAAUAAAGGAGUCAGCACUUCAGAAGCAAUCUUUAAUGAAUGGAGAUCUUGUGAACUACUUUCUGGGUUUUUUAGUUUAAUUGGACUUGCUGCGGCUACAUUGGACUAUGAAUUCAGCUAUUCCCCAACACGAACUCAUGAUAAUUGUGAAGAAGAUCUAGGCCGCGUUGAAUAUUUUCGAGAAAUGACAUGUGUGACUACAUUUGCAUCAUUCUUUUUCUUAGUGCAAAGAGACAGCAAAAAGGCUUUAUUGGAUAAAUACUUGAUGACUGUAGAGCCAGAAUACAAAAUCACUGUUUGAAAUUUUCCAGUAGUAAUUAAGCGGAAAAUUAAAAAGACCUUUAGCAUGAGCCGAACCAUUGAAUUUAUACUUUUAUUUAUUUUUCCUUAUCCUUACAUUAAUGCCUCAAUAUAUUUACCAUAUAGAUACAAUUACGAAACAAUAGAAAUUUGCUACAACCUCUCAGAAUUAUUAUACAUUUUUAUGAUUGUAAGGCUGAUUUUUAUAUACAGAGCUAUUAUCAAUUAUACACCCUAUCAAAAUCAUUUAGCAAGAACUUUUUGUUUAAAUAAUAAUGCCAAAGCAAAUGUCAGAUUUGUAUUUAAAUGCCUGGUUGCCCAGCAUCCUAUGGUUGCGAUAUUAUUUUUGUUAGUGAUACCUUCUAUGAUUAUUUGUGGAUGCCUUAUGAGGAUUUUUGAAAGGCCAUUGAUCGAUAUUUCUCAUCAAGAUUUUCAGAACCCUUUGAGUGGGAUUUGGUGUAUGUUUGCUGCUAUGUCUAGUGUAGGAUAUGGGGAUUUUUAUCCUAUAAGUUAUUUUGGAAGAACCAUGGCAGUUAUUGGAUAUUCAUUAGGGACUGUAUUUUUAUCCCUUUUUAUCAUUGUUAUCCAAAAAUACGCAAGUUUUUCUACUAACGAAUCCAAUUCUUUUGCUUCAAUUUAUAAAGCACAAGCUGCAGCAGACACAAUCCAAGCUGGGCUUAUUUAUUUUGGAUGCAAAAAUAAGCUUGGGAAAAAGCAUCAAAUCACAAAAGAUUCCUAUGAAUCUUUAAGAGAAAAAAUAGUAGAAUUAAAGAAAAACAGGGAAAAUAUCACUGAAAUGGGUGGCGCUGGGGAUGAGUUUAUAGUUGCGAUAAAGGAAAAAGUUGAUAAAUUGACAGAUCAUAUGGAUAAAAUGGAAAAAUUAUGCGGUAGAAUUAUCAAGCAUGCCAAAUCACAAAAAUCUUUGGAAGAGCAAAAAGACCAAGAUACUUCUAUAAUUUUGAAUAAAUAA